AUGGCGGACAGAAAUGGAUCAAAUGUUCGUGAGAGUUUUGAAUCUUUCUUCAAUGGCUGGCUCGUUCGCCAGGAAAACUUCCUCGACCAGCCCGUCCAAGCACUCACAUCCCAGGAUGGGCACGAAAUCGAGCAGCGCGGAAGCUUGGUUCAGGAAGUCUUGUCUCACUACGAACAGUACUUAGAAGAGAAAUCCAAGGCAGCGAAAGACCAAGUGUUCCUCUUCUACUCUCCACCAUGGUUAAGUUCGUUCGAGAAGACUUUGCUCUGGAUUGGCGGGUUCAAACCAUUCUUACUCUAACUACUCGCCAGCUCAGUAACAGAGUUAACUCCGGAACAAGAAGAAACCAUCGAGCGAGUUAAAUACGAGACUAGAAGAGAAGAGCGAGAGUUGACAGAGGCAAUGGGGACAGUGAAGAAGGUGAUUGAGAUCCUGAGUCCAGUGCAGACAGUGAAGUUUCUAGCUGCUUCUGCUGAGUUUCAGCUUAGAGUAAGGAAAUGGGGUUUACAAAAAGACCAACACAGAGCAACAGGAUUGCGGUUAGCCUAG